AAAUUUUGCUUGGCUUCGGACCACAUUAUUUUGAAUUUCAUUUUCAUCGCUAUGCUUGUGCCAAUAUUGCUGGAUAUAGGCCGAGACCAAAGAUUAAAAAGGAAAUGAACAAUCAUAUAUUGCUUGUUAUAUUCACCUGCACUUCUGUUGCAUGGUGUUCUUCUGGUGAUAGGUCUGAGUUUUAUCAAACUUGUGUGGCAAAGUGCUACAAAGAGAAAUGUCGAGCACAGCAAGGUGAUGGCUUCAUUUGGAAAUGUCCGGAUGAAUGCAAGUAUGACUGCAUGUGGAAUACAGUUGAUGAAUUUGUGCAAAAUGGGAGAACCACACCUCAGUUCCAUGGCAAGUGGCCAUUUGUGCGCUGUUUGGGAAUGCAAGAGCCAGCCAGUGCCAUCUUUUCACUCAUGAACCUGAUGUGUCAUGUGGUAAUGCUGAGGCAUUUCAGGACACUUGUGCCUCAGCAUGCACCACUUUAUUGGCUGUGGAUCACAUAUGCACUGGUGUGUAUGAAUGGCUGGUUCUGGUCCUUUGUGUUCCACACCAAAGACACUGACUCCACAGAGAAGCUGGACUAUUUCUCUGCCUUCUCCAUGGUUCUCUUCUCCUUUUAUUCGGCCUGCAUCAGGCUACUAGGCUCCCAAAUGAGCCUUCCUUCGAUUGCGGUCUCUCUUCUCUGCAUGGGCUUCUUGAUAUACCACCUGUCGUACUUGUCUCUGGUCAAGUUUGACUAUGGCUACAACAUGAAAGCCAACAUCUUUGUAGGCGCCCUGAACGUGAUCACUUGGCUGGUAUGGUGCGGUCUGAAGCGGAGGACGCUGCCCUACGUGUGGAAAUGCGCCCUUACCGUGACGCUUGUGUCCGUCUCCAUCCUACUAGAGACCGCCGACUUUCCGCCCAUAGCGUGGACACUAGACGCGCAUGCGCUCUGGCAUCUGAGCACGUCACCACUGCCUUUGCUCUGGUACAGUUUCCUCAUCGAUGACUGCCGACACCAGUUAGGAGUGAAGAAGCUGGAAAAGUCGGUGUGAUGUGAUAUCGGAGAUAGCUCGUGCCUUGAUCGUACACCGCAACUGCUAAGGGUUUGGCGCUGUGUGAACAAAUUGCAAGCCAUCAUUUCUGGAUUCCUGAAGAGGACGGGACAAAUUUCAACAUCCGCUAGUCUCUGCAUCGUAUUUAUAGCUGUUACAGUUAUAGCUGCUCCGCUGGCCGUUGCGAUGCUUGCAUGCCAUGUCGUGCCGGUGGUGCCCACUUGUGUUCAGUAGGGAAAUGUAUCAAUGAUGAGUGAUCAGGGACUUCAAAAUAAGGUCAUGUAUAGAGAGCGUCGGAUGAUUGACUCGCCAAUGUUACCCUACGAUGUUGAUUGUUACAUGACUGUUGUUGCUCAGCUGACGUAGGUAUAGGUGCUAGGUAGUAAUUGUAUCGUGAUUCCAUACCCAUUAUUGUUCGGUGAUCAGCACGACUAUAAAGGACUGCUGGUUUUC